CCGGUUUAAACGCGAGAUAGAUCGCAGUGAACACACACACUCUCUUCUCCUUCGUGUGAUCUCGAUGGAGUUCGGAUCCAGACGAACCUACACGACGAUGCCGUCCAAGCUCCGAUCCUCACGUCUCUUACUCAUUUCUCUCCUCCUUCUCCUCUUCUAUUCCACCACCCUUCUCCGCCGUCCCACCACUCCAAACCUCGUCUCUCCUCCGCCGUGCGAUCUCUUCUCCGGCCGAUGGGUCUACACUCCAGAAACUCCGAAGCCCCUGUACGACGAGACGUGCCCGUUCCACCGAAACGCUUGGAACUGCUUAAAGAACAGGCGAGAAAACAUGGGUGUCAUCAAUUCGUGGAGAUGGGUCCCCGAUGGGUGCGGGCUGAGUCGGAUUGACCCGACCCGGUUUCUUGGGAGGAUGAGGAACAAGAACAUCGGGUUCGUUGGGGACUCUCUGAACGAGAAUUUCGUGGUUUCGUUGCUGUGUAUACUUAGAGUGGCUGAUCCGAGUGCUGUCAAGUGGAAAAAGAAGAAAGCUUGGCGUGGUGCUUACUUCCCUAAGUUCAACGUCACUGUGGCUUAUCACAGAUCCGUUCUUCUCGCUAAAUACAACCGAGAAGCUAAUGAAGACGGGGUUAAAGGAGCUUAUCGAGUUGAUGUUGAUGUUCCUGCUGAUGAGUGGAUCAAUGUCACUAGCUUCUACGAUGUUCUCGUAUUUAACUCUGGCCAUUGGUGGGGUUACGAUAAGUUUCCUAAAGAGACACCUCUUGUCUUCUACCGAAAGGGAAAGCCGAUACAUCCUCCUCUUGAUAUAUUGCAAGGGUUUGAAGUUGUUGUUCAACAAAUGGUUUCGUAUAUCCAACGACAAGUCCCGGCGAAGACCCUUAAGUUCUGGCGCUUGCAAUCACCGAGGCAUUUCUAUGGCGGUGAUUGGAACCAGAACGGUAGUUGUUUGCUCGAUAAACCACUCGACAAAGACCAGCUUGACUUGUGGUUUGAUCCCAGGAACAAUGGAGUGAACAAAGAAGCAAGAAGGAUUAAUCAAAUUAUCAAGAGCGAGCUGCAAAACACAGAGAUCAAGCUACUUGAUCUGACCCAUCUAAGCGAAUACAGAGCUGAUGCUCAUCCUGCUAUCUGGUUAGGGAAACAGGACGCGGUGGCGAUAUGGGGACAAGACUGUAUGCACUGGUGCCUACCUGGUGUUCCAGACACAUGGGUCGAUAUCUUAGCUGAACUCAUUCUCGGUAACCUAAAAACAGAGUAAAGACUGAGAGACUUGCUUGGGCAUGGAAAGUCGAAAUAUAUCUAAAAGGAUUCACUUUUUAGUUUUUACUGUAAAAAUGAUGAAUUUUGUAGGGUUUCUUUGUUCUUUUUCCAAGAUACACACCACCUUCACAAAACACAAACAUUUAACCUGUACUGUGAAUCUGUGAUUCUGUGAUGGUUCUAUAUUAUAGAGUUUUAAAUU